AUGGCUCAAUAUAGACAAUCGGGAACGGAGAGAUUCAGCGGUCGCGUCGGCGGUUAUCCUCACUAUGCCAACAACGGCGCAGCGUCUUCCUCCUCUGAUCACGUAGCGAUCGGGAUCCGAAACGGCGUCGGAGGAGCGAGUCAGCAGCACGGGAAGACUAACCGGUGGAGACGAUCCGUACGGCCUGACCGGAUUCGUCGCCUUGGAAUCGGCUCUGUUGUCUUCGUUCUAUGCCUUGUGCUCGUUGUCACGGUUCUAGCAUACUAUUAUAUCUCUGGCUUUACUAAUAGUGGAUACGAUGAUAAAGGAUUUGAUUCUUAUGACGGUGAUUUUCUGACGAACGUGACGAGAAUUGACCCUGCGAAAGUGCUUGAGUUUGGGCAAGGAUCAGUGGUUCAUGGACGAGAUUCGAGAUACUGGGAUAAGGAUGAUAGAAGACGGGAUGAUGAUUAUAAUGAGGAUGAAGUGGAGCAUAAAUCUGAAGUCGACGAGGACACGUCAGUGGCUCGAGUGAAAAAGGAUCCUGUGAAGGGUGCUUCAGAUUUGAAGGGGAUUGGUUUGUACAAUGAAGCUGGACGAAAUGAGUUGAAGAAGUAUGAAGCAGAGUAUCAAGCUUCGUUUGUGAAAGGUGUUGAGACAACAAAGGAGAGCAGUGGGAAUCACGAGGCAGUUGAUAUGGAUCCUGAGGACGAUGACGCGAUUGAUUCUCAUGACAGUCAAGGGGAUGAGUACGUUGAUUCUGGGCAUGAUGAGGAUGAUAAUGAAGAGGUGCACAAAGAUAAGCUUACCGAGGAGGUUCUUCGUUCCGUGACCAAGCAACAGAAUAUGGAAAAUGAUGAUGGAGCUGUUUCCAAAAGGUCACUUGGGGAUUCCUCCCUUGUUAGUAAGGGUGGUAAGUCUGGGAAAACGUCGCGGUCUGAUACGAAAAGAAGAGGUCGAGGUCGCAGAUCUUCAGGUGCAUCUUGUGAGAUGAAGCUAUUGAAUUCUAGUCAACAAAUAGUAGAGCCCUUGAAUACUCGAAAAUCUGCGAGAUUCUCCUUACAGUACAUAGAGAAUGAAGAUAAGCCUGAUGGAGAAGAACAGUGGGAGCCUAGAUUUGCAGGUCAUCAGAGUUUGGAGGAGCGAGAAGAGUCCUUCUUGGUUCAAGACAAGAAAAUUCAUUGUGGCUUUGUCAAAAGCCCCAAAGGAUCUCCAAGCACUGGAUUCGACCUGACAGAAGAUGAUACUAAUUAUAUCAGUAGAUGCCACAUUGCUGUGAUCUCAUGCAUUUUUGGCAAUUCUGAUCGUUUGCGGCCUCCUGCCAAUAAAAUGAUAAGUCGGCUGUCAAGAAAAAAUGUGUGCUUCAUUGUGUUCGUGGACGAGAUUACCAUGCAAACACUUUCUGCAGAAGGCCAUGCCCCAGACAGAGCAGGAUUCAUUGGUUUGUGGAAGCUGGUUGUCGUGAAGAAUCUUCCGUACGCAGAUAUGAGGAGGGUAGGAAAAAUACCAAAGCUGUUGCCACAUCGACUUUUCCCAUCAGCAAGGUACUCAAUCUGGUUGGACAGCAAGUUGAGACUUCAGUUGGAUCCCUUACUCAUCCUGGAGUACUUCCUAUGGCGUAAAGGUCACGAGUACGCCAUAUCGAACCACUAUGACCGCCAUUGUUUAUGGGAAGAGGUUGCACAAAACAAGAAGCUGAACAAGUACAACCACACUGUUAUCGAUCAGCAGUUUGAGUUUUACAAAGGUGAUGGGCUGACCAGAUUCAACGCUUCGGAUCCGUUCAAGCUUCUUCCCAGCAAUGUUCCAGAGGGGUCUUUCAUAGUACGGGCACAUACUCCCAUGUCGAACCUAUUUUCGUGUCUUUGGUUCAACGAAGUCGAACGGUUCACUCCCCGUGACCAGCUGAGCUUUGCAUACACUUACCAGAAACUAAGAAGGACGAAUCCUGACAAACCUUUUAAUCUUCACAUGUUUAAGGACUGCGAGAGAAGAAAGAUAGCAAAGUUGUUCCGUCACAGAUCGGAGGAGAAGCGAAAUCUUAUACAAGCAGCACUACAACAACAAUAA